AUGUCUUCAAAGGAAUUAAAAGUUCCUGUACAAAGGGUGCGAAUUCGGAAGGCUAAUGAAACGACGAUAGAUACUCAUGAAAAGAACGUGGAAGUACGCCUGCUGUAUGACAAACCGAGAGAAACCUCGUAUCUUUGCGUGCACGCAGAUGAUGAGAGGAAACUUUUGUGUAACAUCCGUGACGUAAAAUUGAUUGAUGAGUCUUCAUCAAAAGACAUCGUAACUAUCUAUACUCCGAAAAAUACGGUCAUUAUAUUUUACGAUACCGAAAAAGAGGACGUGUUAAACUUUUUCUUUGAAUUACGAAAAAGAGUUGGAGGUGCAGAUGAUCAACCUGCCAAACCAGGUAUGUAUAUUCAUGGAAAGUUAUUGAAGAUAAUAAAACGCAUCUAUACUAUUCGCCACAAUUGGAACAAGGUAUGA